UUAAUUUUCUUUGGGGCGGACUGUCAAAGGUCAAAAUGGCGUCUGCUGUGCGACAUAUUCAGAAAUUUCACCGGUUUAUAAGAAAUUCGCGUGGUUCCUUUGGACAUUCUAUUAAAUCAGUUGAUUCAACACAUACAUAUCAAUUUCACAGAUGCAGCAUAAACUUAGGAUCAACAUCUAUACUGAUGCCAUCAUUGUCACCUACAAUGACGGAGGGUACAAUAGUGAAGUGGUACAAGAAAGAAGGAGACGCUAUCAAUGCAGGUGACAUACUCUGUGACAUUCAGACAGACAAGGCUGUCGUUUCGUUUGACACUGAAGAGGCAGGGAUCAUGGCUAAAAUACUGGUGCCUGAGAACACUUCAGAAAUCAAAGUAGGCACCCUGAUAGCCAUCGCCGUGGAGGAUGGAGAUGACUGGAAGAAUGUUGCAAUACCUGCUAGCCCAGUCUCUACCCCUGUUACCUCAGCCCCACCCCCUGUCACGACCCCGGCUCAGUAUAGCGCCGUUACACCUGCAAGCAUUGCUGUUGGUCCAGGGAUGCAUGAAGAUUUGCAGGCUCAUGGCAUUGGCCCAUCAGUGAGAAAGCUGGCUGAAGAGUUUGGUGUUUCUAUAAAAAAUAUCAAAGGGUCGGGGCCCUUGAACAGGAUAACCAAAGGUGAUGUUCUAAAGCUGAUCCAAGAAGGGAACCUUCAGAAGAGACAGCUGUCCCCACCACCCCAGGCCCCUGCUUCAGCCCCUCAAAUGGUUGCUACACAAACCACAGCCACGCCCACAGCCACACCCACAGUCACCCCUUUGGCUCCGUACAAGCCUUCUGUUGUCCCAGAAAUAGAUGGGGAGGAGUAUAAGGACAUACCAAACACUGGCAUGAGAAACACCAUAGCUAAGAGACUAACUUUGUCCAAGACAACUAUCCCCCACUCUUAUGUUACCAUGGAUUGCAACGUGGGACCCGUGACCUCUCUUAGGAAGAAUCUCAUUGCUGACAAUGUCAAGGUCUCUGUCAAUGACUUCAUCAUCAAGUCAGCUGCACUGGCACUACAGAGGGUACCUCAGGUGAACUCAGUGUGGCAAGGGGAUGAGGCCAGCUCUCUCCUCAAUGUGGACAUAUCAGUCGCCGUAGCAACCGACAACGGUCUCAUCACCCCCAUAGUGAAGAACACCGCCCAGCUGUCAGUGGAUAAGAUAUCAUCCACUGUUAGGGAUCUGGCAGAACGUGCGAGGGCAAACAAGCUACAGCUGCACGAGUUCCAGGGUGGCACUUUCACUAUUUCUAACCUGGGCAUGUUUGGCAUCGGCGAGUUUUCUGCAGUGAUCAACCCUCCGCAGACUGCCAUUUUGGCGAUUGGCUCAUCCAGAUUAGUUCUUGGGGAGAAUGGUAAACCAGAAUCUCGUAUGAGUGUCACUCUCUCAUAUGACGCCCGAGUUAUAGAUGAUUCAGAUGCUUCAAAGUUUCUGGAAGUUUUUAGAGACACCAUGGAAAACCCCCAGUUGUUAGUGAGUGGGCUGCCAGGUUCUAGGAGGGAAAGCGUGUUUUGAAGUAUAUCAAGGAUUUAAGUAAUAUUGUAUGUUUUGCUAUAAAUAAUUGAGGUAUUUGAUCUUGUAUAGAGUACACUUUGAAUGUUAUGUUGCUAGAAAGAAAAUGCACUGAAAAUUUGUGCUCUAUAAAUAUAAUAGGUUUCAGCUCAUAUUUAGUCAAAAUUCAGCAGAAUGACAACCAUUCUUUGUGGUCAUUACAGAUCAUUAGUGAGAAUGAAAACUUUUAUUAUAAUUGAGCUUGAUGUACUUUUCUAGGCUUGUCUUUUUCCUUUCUACAAACAUUUAGUUUUGAACAAAAUCUUGAUUUUAAACAUACUUUAAAUACUUUUAUCGUGUGCUGUUAGCUGUAAGAGGAUGGAGUUGAUUGCUCUCGAAUUUUGUUAAAUGGUUCUUAUUUAAUGGCUUUCUGCUUCACAUUACAAGUAUUUCUGUAUGACAAGAUAUACAUUUCAUGAUUUCUUGUCAAUACCCGACAAGAUUCAGAUGCUUAGAAGAGUUUUUAGCUAACCUAAGAACAAAAAGCUUAUGGUUUGUGGUUAUGAUGAACUAUUAUAGAAAGACUUUAUAUGUCGUUAUGUUAAACUUGUGGUCUUUGCCACUGUAGAUGUCACAAUUUUAUGCAGUCUUGAUGAAAUUUGGUCAAAUUUUCCUAGUUUGAAUCUUGGUAUCAUUUAUCUGCUAAUUGGGUCAGUGGGCUAGAGGCCAGAUUUAUGUGUCAGUUUUCAUAGGUGUUUUUACUGCCAAGUUUUAUUUACCAGGAAAAAACUGAUUGGCGAAUGUCGGCGGGCGGGCUGGUGGCGGAACAAGCUUGUCUAGGCCAUAACUUUGCCGUUCAUUGUAGGAUUUAAAAAUCCUUUGGCACAUUUGUUAACCUUUAUUAGACGGUGUGUCGUGCCAAAGAAUUACAUCAAUAUCCCCAAGGUCAAGGUCACACUUUGAGUUCAAAGGUAAAAUAUGGCCAUAAAUUAGCUUGUCCGGGCCAUAACUAUGUAAUUCAAUGUGAGAUUUUAAAAUCAUUUGGCAAAUUUUUUCACCAUCAUUGGACAGUGUGUCAUGCGAAAGAAUUACAUCAAUAUCUUCAAGGUCAAGGUCGCCACAACUAAAAAAAGAUUGAAUUUGAAACAAGGGGUGUAACUGUAAAUAAUCAGUAACAAUGCUCAUUUUGAGUUUUCUCCCUUUAUCAGACUUUUUUUCAAAUUGAAAUCAAGGUCGCCACAAGUAAAAAUAAAUUGAAUUUGACACAAGGGGGGUAACAAUUCACAUUUUUAAUUGUCUCCCUUUACCAUACUUUUUUUUUUCAAAUUGAAAACCUGGUUUUUGUGACAAUUUUGUCCCUUGUUUUCUUUUACAAGAGGAAAAAAAUGCCAUUUCAGCUCUUUUCAAUCACUUACUUUUCACUGAAUCUUUACCAAACUUUCUAGGUAUGUCUUCCAUUAUUUACUUCGGUCAUAUAUCUCUGUCCUCAACUGUGUUCAAUGACGUUUUUGUUCUUUGUAAAUGAGAUUUAAUAAUUUCAAGGCCACCUGUUUUUUAUUCCUUUUUUUUGUUGUACUUACAUAUGCCUACCUAUUUAGUACAUAUACCAUUUCACAACAUGCUUUUUUGUAUGAAUGCGGCUAAUUUAUAUUUAUUAUAAAAAUAAAUAUAAAGACAGGUUAUUUAGGAAAAGUGUAUACAUAGAAUGAAUAAUUGUUUGAAAGCAACAGUAUUUGCAUGAAUAUUUGGUUGCACUUGCCUAUUCAAGCAUAGGUCAUACAAUUUUCUAGAAUCAACCUUAAUCUGAAUGAAAUUACAUAUCAGAUUAAAAUGAAAUAAGGAGAUAGCAAUGAUUUUUAUAUAUAUAAGUGGGUUAAUUUUUUUUAAGAUAUAUAUUUUUAAUCGCCAUCAUUGUUUUGUACUUGUUGAGGAUGUUAUUUAUGAAUUUGUUUUGUAAUCUCUCUUUUAAGCUGUCGAAAAAAAAUUCAAUAGUUCUGAAUAGAUUUGUACUUUUCCCUAUAGGCAAUUGUGUUGUGUCAUUUGAAGUUGAAGUCUUUAACAGACGAUACUCUUGUGUUUUGCAUGUUUAUGUAAAAAACGUUGUUUUUCUAAACUGCUUGAAAAAAACCACUUUACUAUUUGUUUUCAUAUGCCUGUCUUUGAGAUUGUUGUUGAAUAUUUAGGAAGAAAUAAAAAUGUAAAAGUA